GGUGCAUCAGGUUGCCUACAAAAGGUAAAUACGAUAUUAUAAAAACGAAAACAGAAGAGCAGAAUGCACGUGUUUUCCUGUGUAGCACUGACUCGUGGAUUUUUGCACUUCAGUUACUUUUCUUUAUAAUAUAUCUUGGAAAAUUUAAAAAUUGAAAUGUGAAAAACUUGGAUUAGUUACAAAUUAUUCACAUUACUACUAAUUUAUUAAGUUUGAAUGAACGUGGGCAUGAGCCGAGUAAACGGGAACAAUACACGAGCUUUCUCUUUACCACCUCCAGAAAGUAUUCAAGCCAAAACAGAAUCUAUCCCAUUAAAAAUUGUAAAUGCACAGCAACAUACUACAAAAGUUACAUUUCCACUUAAUAAGACUGCCUGUGUAAAUAUGGGCGGAGGGCAGCGUCAUGUAAAAACCACACAUUCCAGUAACUGUUCAUUCGACUGGGAUGACAAACAAGAUCCUACUGACAGCGAACAAAUGCUUCAGGAGACGCUGAACAAUUUCGAUAUUAUUACUCGUCAAUUUAUGGGAUUAUCACCGAGUUUAAGUAGCUUAAAUACUGACGAGGAUAGUGGAUAUGCUCGUACUCCAUAUGGUAACCGUAAACUAGCUGAUUCCUCAUUUUCUGUCUUUAAUUCUGGUAAUACUGCAUCUGAGGACUCGAAUACAGCAAGUUUUAGCCAUAAAGAUGAAUUACUAUUGGUUAUGGUUGAAGACUUAGUUGACUGGUUCACGAGAAUGUAUCCGCAUAUGGUUGCCGGUUUGAAUUCAGAUAAUUUUUUCGAUCGUCUAUCUGAUGGUGUACUAUUAUGCCAUCAUGCCACACAGCUGCAUAAUCGCUUAGCCUCAGAGUCAAGAAAUAUCAUUCAAAGCGGCAAACCUACUAAGCUGAAUGGUCUGCGUAUCAGUGGUGUUCAAGCCAUGCUGCCAACAUCCAGCCCGGUCUACCAAACACGUGGAUUGUAUUCAUCAAAUGCUGCAAUGAGUUUUGUUUCACGUGAUAACGUCUCCAAUUUUAUUCGUUGGUGUCGUCAUCUUGGUAUGCGUAAUUCCACUCUAUUUGAAAGUGAGGACUUAGUUUGCAAAAAGAAUCUGCGUAAUGUUGUUGUCUGCCUGCUGGAGUUAGCUCGUCUCGGAGGCAAUGUGGGUAUGUCUAUCCCUGAGAUUGUUCAGUUAGAAGUAGAAAUUGAUGAACAAAUGGCUAGAGAGAAUCUAUCCCCCCUAGAGUGGGAUAAAAAUAAUUUAUUAUCCCCUGAAUUGUUAGACGCAUACUCCCAUCGACCGACUGACUGUUUAUCCGAUAUAAAAUAUGAUCAAAAGGCAAACGGAGAUGAUAAUCACAAUCGAAAUAAUCGAUCAAUAAACAUUUACCAACAGGAUGCACACAACCAUGACAGCAAUAACAACUUGACUGUUGAAAAUAAUACCAAUAACAACUGUCAGCCUUCUUAUUAUCGAUCCAAUCGAUCAACAGAAUUACGUCGGCAACAACAAAAUAGACAUGUAUCAAAAACUAGAAUGAAUCAACCGCUGAACAUGAAUCAAAAGAAUAUUAAAGAUACACAAGAGGAUAAGAAAUCGAAACAAGAAAUUCAACGUCCAGCUAUUGACUUUCGAUCUUUAGACGAAUUAGUACGUGAAUUACUUUCUCAAUGCACAUGUAAACAAACAUUUCCCAUGAUACGUAUCGGUGAGGGGCGUUAUUUGUUUGGCGAUAAGAGUACACAAAUAUUCGUUCGAAUACUAAGAAAUCAUGUUAUGGUUCGAGUCGGCGGUGGUUGGGAUACUCUCAGCCAUUUUCUGUCUAAAUAUGAUGAGUGUCGUAAAGUCAAUCCAUCAUCUUGUAAAUUUUCUUCAUCAAAUCAAAAGAAUACAAAUAGAAUAAUACAAGAGAAUAAAAACAAUUAUCAAAUGAAUUAUAGAUCAAAACCAUUGGAAAAGUAUGAAUUAUCAAUAGACAAGAAGAUCAGUGAAUAUCGAAAUGAAUUAAAAAAGUGUACAUCAGAUUUAUCAUCACCUUUAGGGGAUAAUGAAACUCUUAAUAAAUCUCAGUUCUUUUCUGAACUGAAUUUAACAACGUUGAAUGAUGAUGAAUUGAGUUGUUCAUCUCAUCUGCCUCGAUUCAAAAUCACUAAUAGAUAUGUUGGUGAUGCUGAUGAGGACAUCGGUGGUCAGUACAAUACAAACAAUAAUCAAACAGAAAAUGGAGAGCGUGAAAAUUUGAAUGAUACAAAUUCAGUAUGGUGUGUCAAUGAUAGUAACAAUAAUACAUUUGCUGAUACUUCUACUGAUACAUCAGUUAAAUCCAAGUCCACAGUCACUAUUAUAAGACCUGUAAUGGAACGGCACAAUAUCAGAUCGAAUUCUAAAAACCAGCCUCAUUUACCUAAUGGUGCCUAUUACAUCGACAGUCAUCAUAAUGAUAGUAAUUAUUCAAUGCAUCAGAGGAUGAGUAAUGCGCUUAUUAGCCAGAAUCUAUCUAAAUCAUUAAACUCCUUGAAUAUGAACUGUAAACAGUCGAUCAAAAGAAGAAAUUCUAGACAAGUUGAUUCAGUCUCUGUGUUAACCACAACUGACACUAAUAAUGAUAAAAAUAAUCAUAAUACUCAGGGGGUACAGGCAACAAAUCCUAGAAAGUAUUCAGCUGCAACUAAGAAUGCAUUAAUUACAGCUGAUUAUCCUACUAAGAUGAAAAAAUCAACUCUACAGCAUUUGAAAGGUUCAAAUAAUCAAAGUAAAAGUCAACAUUAUCAGAAAAAAAAUAAAUCUGCUAGUGUUUUUAGCCCAAAAACUCCACCAUCUGGAAGAUCUAGGGAUAAUAGUGCAUCAUUUCGUUCAACUUCAGCGAUCACAAAUGUUAAUCAGUCAAAUAGUAAACCUGUAAGAAUUGUGUAUGCAUCAGAUGAGAAUGAUAAAUUUACGGAUGGUAGUAGAGAUAAACUAACAAAUAAUGAGUACACUGAUGGAGGAUCAAACACACAGUCUACUCCUGUUAACAUCACACCAAGACGUGGUUCAUUAAUACCCAUAUCAACAAGAUCUUAUUCUACUUCACGCAUUCCACUGAAACAACAUUAAUGUAUGUUUGUUUUUUUUGUUACUUUUAGAAAGUGCCUCAAUUUAGAAAUUUCAAAUAGCCAUUUGUUUUCUUCCAUUGUUAUACAUGUAAGAAUAUUUUCACUAGAAGGGUGUGGUAUAAACCUAGAUCUUACUCCCAACUUAAGCUUUCUGUGGUUAAAACUAUUACAAAAAGUCUUUCAUAAUCUAAGUUUUCAUUCUAAGAUGUUCAAUUUUUUUCAACAUUAAUAAUAAUACUACUGUUUAGCUGACAUCAUAGUAGCAUAACUUGUAAUUUAUUUAUUUAUCAUUAUCAUUGCUAAUGUCUGUACUACUAUUGUGAGAAAACAGUAGUAUGUAAGGUCUCCUUCUAGAAUUAUCAGUAGCCCCCUAGAAACUGUACUGUUAUUCAAAUGACAAGAAGACCACUGAAACACAUACUUCCUCAUUUAAUAAAAAUUCUAAUGCCAGUUAGUUUCAUAAUAUUUCAGUUUUACAACGAAUUUCACCAGGUAAUUGCUCUCUGUCCUACUGUCCUUUCAGUUUCUUUUCACUGCAUAGUCAAAUACUUUUGUCGGCUUGAUUAUGCAUAUUCUUCUUCGUGUCUUUCUCGUUACUUUUAACUUUACUUUCUUGUUAACUUUGUUGUCAGUUAUUCUUUUCAUCUCAUCAGUUUUUAUCGUUUUUCUUUAUACGCUCUCAUUUUGAGCAGCACACAAAACUUGUAUCAAAGUAAUGAAUAAUGCACCUACCAAGUGGAUACCGUGCACUAAUGUUUUCUUUCAUUCUUCUUUGUUUUUUUUUAACAAAAUAUCAAUAUAUACCUUUUUCACUUAAUUUUUUCUAUUAAAAACAAUGUUCUGUGGGAGGUCGUUUCUUCAGUGACAUUGUCGAAUGUCAGCAAGGGAGAAAUAAGAUUUCUGUUUUUAAAUGAAAGUAGACAAUGGCAUUGUUUAUAGUUACAUAUCAGUCUAGCGGUUUAUAUAGUAAUGAAACUGC